UGGAAAGAUAGUUUUCGUUAUCGAUUUUUCGGAAAUAUUUAUCAUAAUUUCAUUUAUCCCUUACGACCUCCGUCUGUCUGCUCACAUUUUGACAGGAGCCGAAAGAAGAUGUCAGGAAAAUUGAGGCAGAGGACGUCGGCAAAUGCCGCUGACUCAGCCACUCAGUCUGUAAACGAAAAGAUCUUGAAAGAGUGCCAUUCUCUUUACACAGAACCAGAAAAUGGAAUGGUUAAAAUAGCUGAAGGUUUAGGUCUUUCUCUGCUGGCCCCAAGGAAGAAAAUUACAGUUUUGAUGAUUGGUAACCACUCAGCUGGAAAGAGCUCAUUUAUAAACUGGUAUGUUGAAGAACAUGUACAAAGAACUGGUGUUGCCAUAGAAACACAAGGAUUUUCCUUCAUUACCAGUGGCAGAAAGAGGGAAUCCUUAACAGGAAAUGCCACACUACAUUUGUAUCCACAUUUUGAACCUCUAAGACAGAUUGAAGGUGUAACAGACUACCUCACAACAGAAAUUUCCACAUCAAAACAGAAGAAAUUCAGCUUGGUGACAUUUGUAGAUACACCAGGGCUUGUAGAUGGAGACAUGAAAUAUCCAUUUGAUGUCAACAAGUCAAUCCUCUGGCUUGGUGACUUGGCUGAUUUGAUAUUUGUGUUCUUUGACCCUAUUGGCCAGGCUUUAUGUAAGAGGACUCUCAACUUAGUGGAAGAACUUAACCACAAACAUGCAGAGAGGAUUAGGUUUUAUCUCAGCAAGGCAGAUGAGGCAGGGCAUGAAAGUGAUAGGCAGAGAGUGAUGAUGCAGAUUGUCCAAGAGUUGUGUAAAAGACCUGGAUUAAACAGAACAGGAUUUGACAUGCCAACAAUCUAUGUUCCAAAUAUGAAUUCCAAGGGAAGCAGAUGCGCCAACCAGAUAGAAGAAGUAUGCAAAGAUAUAGAAAAGACAAUUAACCAGACAAUUCAGACUACACUCAACUCCCUGGAGAAAGAUUGUGAUCAAAUUGCAGACAUUGUUGAAGAUAAACUAGCGAAAGACAGUGUCACAGCCUCUGUGAAUCUUAGAGCAAAGUUCCGUGGAGCAUUGUUUGGUUUUAUAGGCAUGCUAUUACCAUUGGUAUUACUAGCAACUUACUUAGUCAGCACAAAAUCUGAAGUUGUAAAAGUUCUGGGUGAAGACAUUCUGGCUACUAUGUCUCUAUACUUGGGUCCCUUAGCUCGAGCAUGGCAGAAGGUACCAGCACAAUACUCACAAUAUGUUAUAAUGGGAAUAGUUGGUGUGGCCCUCAUCAUGUUACUCAUAGCAAAAUUUGCUUCAUCUACAAAACCUACAUUAUCAAGAAAACAGAAAAAAUCUUUAUUGGAAGUUAGAGAUUAUGUACAGAAUACUGUUAAAUCUAAAAAGCAAAAACUUUAUCAAGAAUAUUUGAAGCAGAGUGUAGCUGACCAUGAUUUAUGAUGACAUUUUCCUGUAGGCCAAAUUCAUCAGAAUACAUCUUGCUUCAUCUCCACACAUCUACAACAAAUAUACAAUGUUAUCAUUCUGUCAUUAACCUAAUUAAAUUUCAUGUUAGUACUGUUGCAAUGUAUUAUAUGUGCCUUUUCAGAUGAUAUUAUAAACAAAGGCUGAUAAAAUACAUUUUUGUUUUAUUCAGCAAUAUGCCUUUUACCUUCGUUAAUCGUACUUCAAGGUAUACUGAUUAGAGAAAUAUUUUUAUUUUGUUGACAGAAAUUUUGAAAUGAGAAGUGUUCAUUUCUUUAAAAAAUUUAUAAAUUAAUAAUAUGAAAUUCUGAAUUGAAAAAUUAUAUGUAUUUAUGUUCUAUAAUUACUUGUGUCAAAACAUUGUUUGAUAUUUUUGGUUGUAUAGGCUGUUUGUUUUAGUUGAUUAGUAGUAAAGGCUAUUUUAACAGUUACUUUAUGGUUGAGGGAAAUGUGUUUAUCAAUUAUUUUAAAGAUAAUCUUUCUUUUUGUUUUCUAAAGAAAACAUGAAAAUGUGUUCAGAACUUAGAAAAGGCCAGAGAUUUUUCAUAUUUUUUGCUGAAUUUCAUUUACUUGUGUCCUACAUUGGUUUUAAUGUGACGGAUUAAUUAUUACAUGUAUAGAUUAAAAAACAAAGUCAUACGUAGACUGAUAUCAAAUAUAUGUUGCAAAAUAGAAAUUUAAAAUAUCAUGUUUACAAAAGGAUUUGGUCAGUGUAAUUUUGGAAAAGAUAUGUUCAAUAAACCAAAUAUUUGUUUUAUUCCAAUUUCAAUGUUAUAAUUGUAUCUUUUAGAGAUGAAAUGAAAUGUGUUUUAAUUUAAUACAUAUCCUUAAAUAGAAUUAGUGACAAUAUAUUAAUUUACCUACUAUUAGACUAAUGUGGGUGAACAUUCAAUAUUUUCAACAUUCUCUUGCCAAAAAAACUAUAAUGCAUUUUCAAAUCUAUAUGUAUAUAAACCAAAAUCUUAACAGAAUGGUGCUGCUUAACUGUUUACAGUAUUUAUGUGUUGGGACAGUCAACCAUGAUAAAAAAAAAUACCUCAUUUGGAAUGUCAAAAGUCUCGUUAAGAUCAUUCCAUCAUAUAUUUUGCUUGAAAGAAAAAACUUUAUUAAAAUGAAAAGUAUUCAAAGUUAUAUAGAUAUUCUUUAUCCCAAAGUGUACAUUUGUGUUUGUUUCAUUUUUAACACAAACAAAAUUUCAAAUGUAAAAAAGAAACACAUCUGUGUAUCAAUGUGUAUUAUUGCUUUAUUUGUUAGACAUGGAAAUAAAGUUUGUCUUAUUCUUAUAACAUCCUACGAAAAAAAUGUGAGAAAAUUGUAAGUUUACCUGUAACAAGCCUUUAAAAGACAUUAUUGUUGAAAGUAUGAAACAAAUUUGAGUAUUAAAAUUGAUAUGAUAAUAAAUAUGAUUUUGAGAUUAGUAAAUUUAACUAAAUUUAAACAAUUUUUCAUGAUAUCAGUGUAAUUAAUUAUUUGGUAAUAGUUUUGUACUUCAAAUUUAUCCAUUUUUUCAACACUCUACUCAAGAUUGAUCAAGCAUGUUCUCAUGAAUCAUUGUUUUAGAAUGAACUUCUUAAAAUACUGUUCAAUUACUAUUUCUGAUAACAGGUAUAAAAUAAAUUGAUGCAUGUACACUGUAAUGACCUUAUUGUAGUCUGGCAUUUAUAUCUUUCGUCAGUUAUUAACAACUGUCUGAAUUAUGUGAAAAUUAAAGGUUUAUUUAUACCAUUGGUAGAAAGCUUACAAAGGGUACAAUAAUUUAAUGAUUUUACAUGAUAUUCUAUAUAGUUUAUAAGAUGAAUAUAUUAAUUCAAAACUAAUUUGUACUUAUAACUUAUACUAAGAUUAAUUUUGAAAUAGUUAUUGGUAUGCUGUGAAAAUUUAACUUUUUCAGUAUUUCAUUUCAUUUUGAGAGAAUAUGUUGGUGCAGAUUACUGAUGAUUUUGUUAUGCAAUUUUACAAGGCAGCUCUUAUAUGUAUGUUACAAAGGACCAGAUGUUCUAGUCUCAUAGAACUUUAUUUUUGUUGAUAAUCACAAUAAAUGCAAAAAGCAUUAA